AAUUCAAUCUGAUAUGCCACCUUGGAUGAUUUGUUUAUAUAAAAAAUUUAGUGAUACAACAAUAGGAUUUAAUAUAAAAUUAUUUCUAAUGCGUCUUAUUAUACAUACACAUACAAUAUUUAAACCAUUUGCACGUUAUUGGUUAACACCAAUAAUUCAUAUGUGUAAUCAAAUGUUUGAAAAAUCUUCAGAAGGUUUAAAUACAUUUCUUAUUGAUACAAUUGUUAUAUUAUUAUCAUGGAAUUCCAUAGCUAUACCAAGUGAACUUGAUAGAACAUCAGUACAACGUCUUUUAGAAUAUUUAUUUCUUAAUUGUACACAUAAAAAUUCACUUGUUAUGAAAUCAAAUUUAGAUUUAAUUAAAAAAUUAAUUGAAUCAUGGAAUGAACGUAUAUAUACACCAACAUUAAUUAUAUAUAAAUUAAUAUCUGAUCAAGAUAUUAAAUCAAAACAAAAUGCAAUAGGUUUAUCAUUAAUUGGUAUAUUAUUAGCUAAUAAUAUAUUACCUUAUAAUGAUAUAAAGGAUUUAACUGAAGAUAAAUUUAAUGAAGCAUUAUUAAAAAAUAUGAAAAAUUCUUUUCGAAAUAUUUAUGCAGCAGCUGCAGAAGUUGUUGGAAUGUUAUUAAAUCAUAGUAGUCAAGCUAUACAAGAUACAUAUGUAACAUGUAUUUAUUCAUUACAAAAACAUUAUCCUGAAAUUGUUGAUAAAACUAUUAUGAAUAAAUUAAUGUUUGGCUUGAAAAAAUUGUAUGGAGAUUUUAAAAUGGAAUGUUUAGAAUCAAUGAUUACAAAUAUUACAGAAUUUGAUUCUGCUUAUUUAGAAUUAAAAGCAGCUGGAAUACUUGAUAUUCUUAUUCAUAAGUAA